CUGUCGGUGCUGGUGGAGUGGGUUAGUAGGAGUGGCCGAGGAGCUGGCAGUCUGCUUUGCAUGAAUCGUGGACUCCAAGUUAGUGGCUGCAGCUUAGAUAUUUCCUGUCAGCCGCACAGACAGAGCCGAAGCCAGGGCGGAGGAGACGAGGAGAGGGAUGGCAGAGAACAGCUCCGAGACGAGCGGCUCCGUUCCCCGGAGAUGUUUGGCCCAUUCUCCGGCGGAGAGAAACAUUUCAUCCGGUGUUGGGGCAUCGAAGUGGAUUCGACUGAACGUCGGGGGCACGUAUUUCUUAACAACGAGACAGACGCUGUGUCGAGAUCCAAAAUCAUUUCUGUACAGACUGAGCCAAGCUGACCCCGAGCUCGACUCCGACAAGGAUGAAACUGGUGCCUAUCUCAUAGACAGAGACCCUACAUACUUUGGGCCAGUGCUUAACUACUUGAGGCAUGGCAAACUGGUGCUCAACAGGGACUUGGCAGAGGAAGGCGUGUUAGAAGAAGCUGAAUUCUACAACAUCACAUCAUUAAUAAAGCUCAUCAAGGACAAGAUCAGGGAACGCGACUGCAAAACAUCACAGGUUCCGGUGAAACAUGUGUACCGGGUGCUGCAGUGCCAGGAGGAGGAGCUGACACAGAUGGUGUCCACCAUGUCUGACGGCUGGAAGUUCGAACAGCUGGUCAGCAUAGGCUCCUCUUACAACUACGGAAACGAAGACCAAGCCGAGUUCCUGUGUGUAGUCUCCAAGGAGCUGCACAAUCAAUCAUACGGGACAAACAGUGAGCCCAGUGAGAAGGCUAAGAUUCUUCAAGAGAGGGGUUCCCGGAUGUGAAGAGGACCCAGUAUUAUGAGCUCCAGGUGUUAUGAUGCAAACAUAUCAUCUUUGUGGAAGAACGUUUAGCACAAUGGAGAUUUAGGGGGGGGGUGCAUUUAUUUUGUGUUUUCCCUCCAUUUUUGUUUUUAUUUCUUGAUGUAAAUAAGUCUGUUUACUGACAGUUUGUGCCUGUACAUUUAAACUGGACCUUUUUGAAUUUGCGGCAAUUUUUUUUUUUUCUAAUUGAAAGUAAGGAAUUGCAAUUUACAAAUGUUUUAUGCUAUAAGAUAUGGCCAUCAUCAUAUAAGGCCAAUGAUUCACUCAGGGUCAUCUGUUGAAUUAAUUAUAUCAUCCAACUCAAGGGUCUGGUAAGGGAUCAGUAUGGUCUUUAUAACUCAAAAGUAUCAACUCAAAAUCAUUGUUUAAAUAUGUUAAGAAGGGAAUUGUGCAUUUAUUUAGCACGUGUUAUAGAGUUAGGCUAUUAAAUGUGAAAUUCACCCCAAAAACAAAUCCGUAAAAUGUUUUUCCAAAGAUUUCAAUCUGUUAUACUGAGAUUUGUGAUCAUGAGGAUCCCGACUACUAUCACACAUUUUGUCAGGCGUAGUUGAGGUGACAUUUUACUUAUAUUUAUAAUAUUUUUCCAGUAACUACUCAUGAUGAUGAAAAAAAGGAUCAAAAAUGUCACUGUGAUUUGACUGUAUAGGUUAAGGGGCAUUAGGUAAUUUAUUACUUACAGGGCUUUUAUUGGUGAUGAGGAAACAACCUGUAAUGAAGAGAAGAAAGUCCCAUCUUCACAUAGACUAAACUAAUGAGAGAGACACUGCAGAUAUUGUGAUGCAAGAUACUUCUUUAUCAUUCACUUUCUUAGCUUGAGAAGUAAAUGUGUUGCUACUGCUGCUUGUGGCACCAUGUACUCUUUAUCUCGCAACCUUAGUAACCCAGUUACUCACUGAUAUGGUCAUUGUGUGCUGUGAGAUUUAGUAAUUAUUAAAUGUUCAGCAAGUCCACUUAGCUGUAUUAUAAGAAUCAUUUUUUUAGUAUUGGAGACACAUUUAACUGCAAACAUUCAUUCACAAUGUAAGAUUACUGCAGUUUCUACAUGGAAUUUUAUUAGUGUAAGGAACCAAAACUUUGCUCUCUAAAUGUUGUGUAAGUUUAUAUCAAGUUUAAUCUGUCAAACAUUUUUUCUGAACUUCUAGUUUAGUUUGAGACCUCAUGUUCAUAAAUCUAAAGUUAACUACCAAAAAAAAAAAAAGGAAGGAAGGAAAAAAAACAAAGGUGUUUCAAAUAUGUUUUACAACAUUAAUAUUUUUUUAAAUAUCAGUGUCCUCCAAUAAUGUCCUGUUUCCUGUCAGGAAAAACAUCCUCGAGACAAUGGCGUCUUUAUUAAUUUUUUUCCCACUGACUUCUGAGUUUUUCUUAAAUGGCUUAUUUUGUAUGUUUGAGGGAACAUCUUGUUUAAGAUCUUUUUUUGAGGGGGAAGUAUUUGUUGUGUUUGAGGUUUGGGGACUGGAACUGUUUGAAGGCAGUGGUGAAGGACUUUCUGUUCAUAUCAAGAGGAUUUUGUUUUGAUGUAAAUAAUCCAAAUUGAAUAUUAAUAUUUAACUCUAAAAGAAACUGCACGUUUUGUACACUGUAAAGAAAACACAACUUCGGAUGGAAGUUGUUUAUACUGGAUCUUAAAAGAUGAGAAAAAUCUUGACAAUGUUAACUUCUGUUUCGCAUUGUUUGUACAGGACUCCUUAGAGAUUUCCGAGUUAGGGUUGAAACAGCUGAUGCUGAAUACGGUGUCUUUCACUGAGAACAUGCCUGGAACAUGUUUUGAUAACCAAUAACAAAGCUAUACUUGGCUGGCUAUGAAGUUGACUGUUACAUUUAAAAACAAAUGUAUUUUUUCCUGCAGUGUGAUAGAUUCUUCUAAGCAUUUUGAAUUGUGUAGAUUUCGUACACAGCAUUACAAGCACUACAGUGGAAAACAACACUGUGCACAUUUGCUUACAGCCUGUAAUGUUGUUAAUGUAAAUACUGCAUUUUAGAACACUUUUUUUUAUAGAAAGUUGUUUUCAGGUUUGAUGUGUGGUUUUUUUGAUAGGUUGGAUAUUUCAUUCACAAAUAAUCAUUUAGUGUUGCCUUUUUCCCAAUGACCAAAAUCCAAUGUCUUAUGUGUAUUGUACACAUUGAUCUUAGUGUCAGGGAUGAGUAAACUUUUCUUAAUGCUGGCACACUUUGUACAUAUAGACUUGUUAACGACACACAAACCUCCAUUUACUCACAUGUACACGUAUACACUUGACUAAAACAAUUUUUAUAUUGUCGGGGAAACAAGUAUGGAUGCAUGUUUUUUUUGAUAUAGACACACAAACACACACAAGGGCUUUUAAAGUGCAUACAAUUUGAGAUCUGCAAAGAGGUUCAAUCAAAGUAGACUGGAUUUCCUGCCAGAGCUAGGCUAUGUUUACAUUUGCUAUAGUAUUCUGAAGCCUUCCAAUAAUGUACUGUCUUGCACUCCCUCACACACGUUAACAUACGUCUGACUUGUGUGACUGCACCAGGGACAUCUAGCACUCCCCACUCCACAUGAACUGAUACUCACACAGACAUUAUAAGAUACUCCAUCCAUUUCUGACAGCCUAUGCUUGAGCGUUGCAGACAAUCUUGCUUUUUGCCCUCUCUGACGGCCAAGCUGCUCACUUUUAACAGGAUGAAACUUUACCUGUGUUGGUUCAGAGCUAAGAUUUAUAGGGGUCUUCUUUUGACUUCUUUUUUUCCUGCAAUGAGAUUUAACAUGUUUUGUGUUUGAUUUGCUUGAUUCAGUUGUAACCUCAUUUGAUAUACUCUGGUCUGAGGUGUUAAACCCCUCUUCUUUAGCAGCUACAUUACCUUUAAUGCCCUUCACAAACAGGUUGUCUUGUUGAGCAUUUGGCAUUGAUAAUCAUUUAAUGUGAUGGACAAACUUAUCAAAUCUGUAGCCUAAUACUUAUAAGUGCCCAGUUUGUUUUGCAUUCAAGUAAGCCACAGACCACUGUAAUGCAUGAUUGAAGAUGAUCACACUUGUAAUCAGAGGGAAUGAAUGUGUCAUUUUUCCUCAAUCUAACAGUUACAUCGAUGAAUAAGGUUCUCAUAUCACUACAUAGAUCACUUCUAUAUGAUCUUAUGCAAUGUUAAAAAUGUACAAACUAAGUAUGAGGUUAAGGGGAUAGAUCUAUAUGGUCUUGCAUAAGGUAAACACAAUAAAGAUGUUGUCAUUUA